UAACCGGGAGAGGAGGGCUCUGCUUCGGUCAGAUGGCGUGCUGCAGUCCGCCCCCGGGUCUCCCGCACCCACACAGCUAGCAAAAGGUUGUUAUCAAUGCGCUUCGCUGACGGAGUACAGCAGCCAACGAAAAACGCAACAACGGGACAGCUAGCUAUUUAGCAAAGUAACCCAAACUUAGGCUGUAAACAGAAACGUAGACAAAAUAUUACAUGCAAUUAUCUAUUCUGCUCGAACUAACACUAAAUCAAGCCACGCAACAAAAGUUUACAUAAGUUUUUUUUUCAUAAUCUGGAUGUAUGGACACCUGUUUUGAGUAGCGGCACUGCUGAUAUAACGGGAUUAAAUGGGGCAGUAAAGCAGAAAACAAAGCUGAGAUCCGCCUGACUCUGACACUGAGGUCGUACAUUAUUCGCUGCGUCGCAAUAUUACGCAAUAGUACAUUCUAAAACUCGUCAUUCAAAUACAACAAGGCAACACCGUAUGUCCGUGCGAAAUCUGGACACGGUUCCAGGAGCUCCAAGAUCUUUCGGCGCGCGAGGGUCUCCUCUGGCACUCACCACCAAACUGUCGGACUCGGACGAGGGCACCAUGUCACUGCCUCGCACACUGGGAGAGCUACAGCUGUACCGUGUGCUGCAGCGGGCCAACCUGCUGGCCUACUAUGAUACCUUCAUCCAGCAGGGUGGCGAUGAUGUGCAGCAGCUGUGUGAGGCUGGAGAGGAGGAGUUCCUGGAGAUCAUGGCGCUGGUGGGCAUGGCCAACAAACCACUGCAUGUGCGGCGCCUGCAGAAGGCCCUGCGCGACUGGGCUGCCAGCCCCGCUGUCUUCAACCAGCCUCUGACCAACCUCCCCCUGCACAGCAUCCCACUGUUUAAGAUUGACCCCAUGGGUGGGGCAACGGAGGUCGCUGCCCGAAAGUCCCUGAGCAAUGGCCAGCCAGGAUCCCCGUGUGAAAGGGAGGACAGAGCAUUCCUGACACCCCUGCGAAGCGCCAGUCCCACAAGCCCCUGCUCCCAGGCCUCCCCGCUGCCCCCUGACAGCCUGUGCAGGGACAAGAUGUCCCCCACUGAGCCCCACUGGCUGAGCUCGGAUCUGGACGGGGACGGUGCCAUGGGGUCUGGGGCGGAUGAGGAUCAGAGCAGCCCAGCCCCCUCCACACCACCUGCCGCCGCUUCCUCCUCCUCCUCCUCGGUGCCCGUCCCGGCCUGGCCUGGCGGGCAGCUGGACCCUGAGAUGGCACGGGCGGUGAGAGAGAGCGUGAGAAAGCUGCUCUGCACAGCACCCAGGACCGAGGCGGGCGAGGCCAAGGCCUUGCUGAAGCUGAACAAGAAGCUGGCCAAGACGGUGGGCCACAUCUUCGAGCUGGAGCCCCACGACUUGGCCAAGGAGGAGGAGAUCCGCAAAUACAGCCUCAUCUACGGACGCUUUGACUCCAAGAGGAGGGAGGGCAAGCAGCUAACACACCAUGAGAUGAUCAUCAAUGAAGCAGCUGCCCAGUUCUGCGUCCAUGACAACGGCCUGCUCUUGAGGCGUGUGGAGCUCUUCUCGCUGGCUAGGCAGGUGGCACGAGAGUGCGCCUACACCUCCACCCUCAGGGGUGCCAGGAUGAGUGCAGAUGACGGCUCCCUGCCACCACACAAGCGCAUCAAACAAGAGGUGACUCUGUCAGAAUGCGCUUCCUCCUUGCAUAACUCAGAGGGGUCAGCAACAGGGUCAGAAGGUGGCCACCAGGGGGUGCCAAGGUCAGCAGCAGAUGAUGACAGUCUGUCAGGAGAGAGCCAGGAUGGCAUAACACAAGAUGUUGCCUCACAGUCGAGCCACUCUCCUUCACCCUGCUCUGCCACCAACGUCUCAGCCCCACCCACCUGGAGUCGCCAUCUCAUGCAACAGACGCUCAUGGAUGAAGGCCUACGACUGGCCAGGCUAGUGUCACAUGACCAAGGGGGACAAGUAAACCCAGGGGCCAGGGGCAAUCAAACUGCAGAGCUGGAAGAGAAAUCCAUGGAGAGGGGGCCUUCGUCCACUUCAUUCCGAAGAAGCAGCUCCUGCAGCACUAAAGAUGAUUCUGACCUCUGCAGAAAAUAAAGACCCUCCCCCACCCUCCUUCCACUGACCAACGCAUCACCCCCAACCUUGUACUCCACCCCCUCAUCUACAUCCAUAACCCCUCCCACCUCAAUGGCCUCUCAUCUAGCAAUCGCCCAACCCCUCCCUAGUUGUUCAUGCCAAAAACCUCCAGCAGCCCAUCCAUGAGAAAAUAUAGAACACAGGAACAUGAGCCUAUUUUAAACUGUUCUCCAUUUGAUUUUUGCUAUGAAGAAACCCUACAAAUGACAGUAUACUUCCCUCACUCACUAACUCACUGACACACUGAUCACUGAUUCACUUAUGUAUUCCCUCGCCUUUACCAAUGAUAGCAGUAAGGGGAUCCACUAAGCCAUUGUGGCCACAGUCCAUGCUCUGGAUCCUGAUCUUGUUUAAUUUUGUUUGUUUUAU